GUGAGUGGACAGUCUGCUGAAUAGAGCAGUUUAGAAUCGUAAUAAAAUACCAAACAGGCACACGACAUUAAAUGUAAAACCCUUACUUUUUCCCCUUUAGUGGGUUAUUUUUGGGUUUUACUGCCCCUGAAACUAAAGACACCCAAGACCUCAAUGGGAUGCCAGUCUUUGUAGGGUCAAAGAUCAACCUCCCAGACGCCCCUUUGCUCAGAGAGGAUGCCAAUGCAGGGUUUAUUUUCUGACUGUAAGUCAGCAUCGUUGACCUUCGAAGAUUAAUCCUUAAAAGGCAACCGAGGAAGAAACGUGAUGGGGUUGUGACCGAAAGCCAGCGAAGAACAUCGGGUCAGGUUCGAUGGAGGCUGGACGGCAUAUGGAAAGGUGGUGGUAAACGGACACCUGAUCUCUUACCCCUCGAAUAUUCAGUACUGAUAAACCUCAGGACAAGGACAAACAAGGCAACAAGAUACAAUGAGGGUUUUAUUGGUAGUAUCCGUUCUCUGCAAUAUCAUUCUCAGAGUAUUUUCACUCCAAUGCAAGAGUUGUCUGAAUCUGCCUAAACUCCGAUGUAAAGACAUUGAAUGCCACAGUCCAGAUGUCUGUAUAACCUCAUUAUCAAUCGUGGAUAAUGUUUCGUAUGUUGAGAGGUCUUGUGAGUAUGGGUCGCACUGUGGUGUAUCCUUAAACACGGGUGGCAUAAAGCAGAGUAUCAUAUGCUGCAGAACUGACCUAUGCAACAACCACACCUUGCCAGAGAGUAAAAAUGGCAUGGAAUGCUAUGGAUGUACUGAAGCCAGUUGCCGUGGUGAUUUAAAGAAAAUUGAAUGCACUUCUAAUCAGGAAUAUUGUGCCUCAGGUUACUUCAAAGGAUCAUUUGAUCGGUUUUCCCCGUUGCUUUUGGAUUCAGUCCGAAAUAAGUCAGCAAGAGAAAAUCUAGACGUUCGAAAGGGUAAAGCCCGUUUUCCGUUUCGAGGCUGUGUGAGUAUGGAGGUUUGUGGGCUUCCUAUUUCAUCUCUCGAUGAAAUCAGCUGCUGCUGUGGAAACUUGUGCAACAGGAGCGUCAGCGCACAGCACAACAUGCUGCUCCUCCUGGUGACAGGACUUCUUCCUUCCCUCAGGAUGCCCCUGUAGGUGGAAGUCUGAAAGACUGCAGGCUUCGAAUGGCCAAAUGAAAUCCUGACAGGAGGACCUGGUCUGAAAACUUUUCCGAAGGAAAUGAAGACUGAGGAAAGAUCUUACUCACUGUCUUUCAGGACCUCACUUCUUACCAAAGUGAUUUCACAUCCAAUGUGGGUACUUUUAAACCAAAACUUGUAUUGAAGGAGACGUGGCAGCCAAUUUGCACACAGAAAGCUCCGAGAAAUAAGGUAACUGUCUGCUUUCGUUGACGCUGGCUGAAUAUUUGCCACAGAGAACUACACCCUAUACUUAUUCCAAAUCAUGGGCAUAGGAUCUUUCAGAUUCACGUGAGAGGAGGACAAUGCAGCAGUCUGUUGUUUCAUUUCAAAUAAAGGACCUCUGACAGUGCACUGUUGCCUCAACGACGACUCUGACAAUGCUCCCCCCUGCCCCACCCACCCCCCGACCACCACCACUUCUGUAACAACUGUAUGACAGUGUAGUGCUCCCUUAGUCCUGUGCCUCUGACAGUGCAAGGGACCCUCUAUACUGACCCUCGGAAAGUAUAGCGCUCCCUCAGUACUGACUCUCCGACAGUACAAAAGCUCCAACUUUCAGCACCUCCGACAGUGCAGUGCUCCCUUCUUACAAACUGACAGCACCCCCUCAUACUGACUCUCCAACAGUGCAAGCACUCCCUCCUCGCAGAUCCCCUGACAUUGCAGGAUCUUGCUGUGCGUAAAUCAGCUGCCACAAUUCAUACAUUAUAAGAGUUCAUCUUCAAAAGAAAAAUCUAAUUGCCUAUGAAGUGGUUGAUCAUCCUGAGGAUGGUUUAAGGUGCUCUAGAAAUGCAAGACUUUUACUUUCUGGGGACAUGUUUGGAGGUGCAGUGAUGUAUUUGUGACCCGUCAACCCUCUUCACGCUGCCUGUCUGAGAGGGCAUGACAGAGGCAGCUUCUACAUUGGCUGGUGGCCCUUGUAGGACAGCUGCAAGCUGUACUUUGACAAGAUCUUCCUCGCUGAUCGUGUGCCAGUUAAACCAUUCAGCUCACUGUUCCACAUGAGACCUCCAGCUUGGCCAAUUAAAUUGGCGUUAAAGUGGCAUUUGUCUUUUUAUCCAUAGGUUUUCCAUGGAGAUUGUUGCAGGAUUUCUCCAGGUUUGACCCCACACUGGUGAAAUAACACUUUGUACCAUCUGGAAACAGCAAUUGUU